UCAAAGGUCGGAAAUCAACCUCAGUAGUCCAUGCAGCUGGCCAGUUGACAGACAGUUUCUAUUUAGGUUUAGUAAAUAAAAAAUAAACAUUUGAUCAAAAAUUCAAAAUUCCUGUGAAAAUAAGCCACAAUGAAUUGUUCCUGUACGGCUCAAAAAUGUCCUCAUCUUGAGUAUAUUCGAGCACUUCUAGAAACUACCGAUACGUGCCAGGCGGAAGAGCUCACGCCAGAAUGCGGAAGGAGUUUUUAUUGGCAGCGACUUAGGAAAAUUGUUUGCUACGCUGUAACAGCACUGGAAAUCGUCAUAUACUUCUGGUUAACGAUGACCAAGGCCGCCCUGCUGUUCUGGCUUCGUCUGCUUGACUCCAACAGCUACUAUUGGGUGGGAUUUUUGGUGUUUGCAAGUGCACUGAUCUCUUCGCUGCCGGGGGUUCGUGGUUCAAUGUCACUGGAAGUCGGUCCGUCUGCUGUUGAUGGAACUGUGGCAGAAAAAUCUUUGAGUACGGCACUAAUUGUUAUUAGGUAGCGGAUUCUAACGUAGCGAACGGGGGAGUUGUGACAAAGAUGGGAACACAAAAAAACUGUAAACUAUCAAUAUGAUCGUCGUUGUUGAAAAAAACUGCAAUACUAGUUAUAAAGCCAUAUUUCAGAGGAAGUAAACCACGAGUAGAAAUGGACUUUAAUUGGCGAUGAGAUGUUUUAUUUAUAUAAAAUAUUAGUCGAUAAUAAAUCUUAACAGAAUGCUUUUUACUGAU